GUGUCUGUAAACCUGUACCUGUGUGUGUGGAUGUUUGCCUCUCUCUCAUAUCUGUUUUACAACAGGUAAGAUCUAUUAUUCUGAUUAUUCUGUCUCUUUGCCCUCUCAUUUCCUCUCUUUUUUCCUAUCUUCUAUCCAUUUCUGCCCCAUCACACCAUAUAAUCUUCCAUCCUCCAAACCAUCCACUCCACCCCUACCUCUGCUCCCAAUGGUACGGCCCAGGUGGACGAGACUGUCGGCGUCGAGGACAUAGAUGCGACCAAAUCAGGUGGUGAAGGGGUGUCUCAAACGCCAGACGAGCCCUUCACUGAGGAGUACAUUACAAGCGACUUUGGAAUGAAGGAGUAUGACUAUUCCUACAAGGACUACAAUGAGCCCAUCAUCGAAAGCAAGACAGAAGACAACUUUGGCCCUGCCCUGUCCGCUGUGACAGAUGAGGGAGGUGCCUCCGUGCGAGCCCAGAAGGGAGAGAAGGGAGACCCUGCUGUCCUUGAACCUGGCAUGUUGAUUGAAGGACCACCUGGACCAGAAGGACCAGCAGGUCUCCCUGGCCCCACUGGCCCUCAAGGACCCCCUGGCUCUGUUGGUGAUCCUGGUGAGAGGGGUACUACUGGUAAGGCUGGUCUUCCUGGAGCGGACGGUGUCCCAGGACCUCCUGGAACUUCUGUCAUGCUUCCUUUCCGUUUUGGACAGAGUGCUGGCGAAAAAGGGCCCAUUGCCUCAGCACAGGAGGCCCAAGCUCAAGCCAUCCUGUCUCAGGCUCGGUUGGCUCUGAAAGGCCCACCAGGGCCAAUGGGUUUCACCGGCCGUCCAGGACCUUUGGGAACAACUGGAAGUCCUGGCUUAAAGGGAGAAAGUGGGGACCAUGGACCUCAGGGCCCCAGAGGUCCGCAUGGAUUGUCUGGUCCUCCUGGUAAAUCUGGUCGGAGGGGUCGUGCUGGUGCAGAUGGAUCCAGAGGGAUGCCAGGAGAGCCCGGAGUUAAGGGUGACCGUGGCUUUGAUGGCCUUCCUGGUUUGCCUGGUGACAAGGGUUAUCGUGGUCAAACUGGAGGAAUGGGACCCCCAGGACCCUCUGGAGAGGACGGAGAAAGGGGAGAUGAUGGAGAUGUUGGACCUAGAGGUCUUCCCGGUGAAGCGGGGCCCCGUGGGUUGCUGGGGCCUAAAGGGCCUUCUGGACUUCCUGGACCUCCUGGUGUUCGUGGAAAUGAUGGUCCACAUGGUCCAAAAGGAAACUUGGGGCCUCAAGGAGAGCCUGGCCCUCCAGGGCAGCAGGGGGCUCCAGGAACACAGGGAAUGUCAGGUCCACAGGGUCCUCUCGGACCACCAGGAGAGAAGGGACCCACAGGAAAGCCAGGUCUGCCAGGAAUGCCCGGAGCUGACGGUCCUCCUGGUCAUCCCGGAAAGGAAGGCCCCAUUGGAACCAAAGGAAAUCAUGGUCCUAAUGGUCCUCAGGGGUCUAUUGGCUAUCCUGGCCCUCGAGGAGUGAAGGGAGCUCAAGGUAUCCGUGGAUUGAAGGGCCAUAAGGGAGAGAAGGGAGAGGACGGAUUCACUGGAAUCAAAGGAGACUUUGGUGUGAAGGGAGAGAGGGGAGAGGUGGGAGUGCCUGGCUCAAGAGGAGAGGACGGUCCUGAGGGCCCGAAGGGUCGUGUCGGUCCCCCUGGUGAAAUUGGUCCUAUUGGCCUGCUUGGAGAGAAGGGCAAACUUGGUGUGCCUGGACUUCCUGGAUAUCCCGGAAGGCAAGGAAUUAAGGGCUCCCUCGGUUUCCCAGGAUUCCCUGGUGCAAAUGGCGAGAAAGGUGCAAGGGGUUUGAUUGGAAAACUUGGACCAAGAGGACAGAGAGGGCCAACAGGUCCCAGAGGGCAGAGAGGACCCCGUGGGUCUACAGGAAAAUCAGGUGCUAAGGGUGGAUCGGGCAGUGACGGGCCUCCUGGACCACCUGGGGAGAGAGGACUAACUGGACCUCAAGGUCCAAAUGGAUUCCCUGGGCCGAAGGGACCUCCUGGACCUCCAGGGAAAGAUGGACUGCCUGGAUACCCUGGACAAAGAGGCGAAGUUGGUUUCCAAGGCAAAACUGGACCCCCUGGGCCACCGGGAGUUGUUGGACCACAGGGUCCCUCUGGUGAGACUGGUCAGCUGGGUGAGCGUGGUCACCCAGGACCCCCAGGACCACCCGGUGAGCAAGGUCUUCCUGGGCCUUCUGGUAAAGAGGGAACCAAAGGAGAUCCCGGUCCCACCGGCGGCCCCGGUAAAGACGGACCCCAUGGACUGAGAGGAUUCCCAGGAGAGAGAGGACUGUCAGGAACUCCAGGCACUGGAGGACUGAAAGGAAAUGAAGGCCCUGCUGGACCACCUGGACCUGCUGGAUCACCUGGGGAGAGAGGAGCAGCUGGCACUGCAGGUACUGUCGGCCCGCCUGGACGACCUGGACCUCAGGGGCCUCCUGGAGCUGCGGGAGAAAAAGGAGUGCCAGGGGAGAAAGGUCCAAUUGGUCCAGCUGGUCGUGAUGGCAUCCAAGGCCCAGUUGGUCUCCCAGGCCCUGCUGGACCUCCAGGUACUGCUGGAGAGGAUGGAGACAAGGGUGAGGUUGGAGAGCCAGGACAAAAGGGCGGUAAAGGAUCCAAGGGAGAACAUGGUCCUCCUGGUCCACUUGGGCCAAUGGGUCCUGUUGGACAGCCUGGUGCAGCUGGUGCUGAUGGUGAGACAGGUGCAAGAGGUCAACAGGGACCAUUCGGCGCUAAGGGAGAUGAAGGGACAAGAGGAUUCCCUGGGCCUCCAGGCCCUAUUGGACUGCAGGGUUUACCAGGCCCAGCUGGAGAAAAAGGAGAGACGGGAGAUGUUGGGCCAAUGGGUCCUCCUGGUCCACCAGGUCCACGUGGUCCAGCUGGUCCUAAUGGUGCUGAUGGUCCUCAAGGUCCUCCAGGAGGUUUGGGUAAUCCAGGUCCCAUAGGAGAGAAGGGUGAGCCUGGUGAAUCUGGACAACCUGGUGUUGGUGGAGAGCCAGGAAAAACAGGCCCGAGAGGAGAGCGUGGUGAGAAGGGAGAGGCUGGGCAUCCGGGCACCUCUGGUCCUGCUGGUGGAAAAGGACCCCCUGGAGAUGAUGGACCCAAAGGAAACCCCGGUCCCGUUGGUUUCCCUGGUGAUCCUGGUCCCCCUGGUGAAGUUGGACCACGAGGCCAAGAUGGUGCAAAGGGUGAAAGAGGAGAGGAUGGAGAACAAGGAGAAGCUGGUUCACCUGGACCAACUGGUGAGAACGGACCACCUGGACCUCCAGGAAAGAGAGGUCCUCCAGGCACAAGGGGACCAGAGGGUCGUCAGGGAGAGAAAGGAAGCAAGGGGGAUUCAGGUGCCCUGGGCCCUCCAGGAAAGACUGGCCCCGUGGGGGCACAGGGUACACCAGGAAAACCAGGAACUGAGGGUCUAAGAGGGUUGCCUGGAACAGUGGGUGAGCAAGGCGCUCCAGGUGCUGCUGGCCAGAAGGGACCCCCUGGACCAAUGGGUCCUCCAGGUUUGCCAGGUCUUCGUGGUGACCCCGGCGCUAAGGGUGAGAAGGGACAUCCAGGUAUGCUCGGUCUGAUCGGGCCUCCAGGAGAACAAGGAGAGAAGGGAGACCGAGGCCUGCCGGGACCUCAGGGAUCAUCAGGACACAAGGGAGAAACGGGUAUGCCUGGAGGAACGGGUCCUCUUGGUCCUGCAGGUCCUGCUGGUAUGCCUGGUCUGAGGGGUAUCAAAGGAGCUAAAGGUGCCACUGGUGGAGCUGGUCCUAAAGGAGAAAAAGGUGUACAAGGACCACCAGGACCACCUGGACCACCUGGUGAUGUCAUUCAGCCGCUGCCUAUUCAGUUCCCUAAGAAGUCCAAGCGCUCCAUCGAUGCCAGUAAGAUGCUCUCUGAGACUGAGGCUGCCGAUGCCACGGGCACAGAGUUCCUGACCGCUAAUGAAGGUAUGGAGGAGAUCUUCAGCUCGCUCAAUUCCCUGCGCCAGGAGAUCGAGAGCAUGCGCUUCCCGCUGGGAACACAGGAAAGCCCCGCCCGCACCUGCCAGGACCUCCACCUCAGCCAACCAAAUCUGAAAGACGGCGAGUACUGGAUUGAUCCAAAUCAAGGCUGCGCCCGGGACUCAUUCAAGGUUUACUGUAACUUCACUGCCGGGGGAGAGACGUGCUUGUAUCCCAGCAAAGCAGUAGAGAAUGUGAAGAUGAACACUUGGCCAAAGGAGAAGCCUGGGUCCUGGUUUAGUCAGUUUGCAAAGGGCAGCCAGUUUUCAUAUGUUGACUUGAGUGGAGAGCCCGUGGGUGUUGUCCAGCUGGGAUUCUUGCGGUUGCUCAGCGUUCAGGCCCGUCAAAACCUGACCUACCACUGCCAGCGAUCAGUGGCCUGGGCGGACCUCACGAGCGACAGCGUGUACCAGAGGGCACUACUCUUCCAGGGUGCCAACGAUGAAGAGCUCAGCUACGAGACCAGCCCCUACAUCAAAGCCCUCACCGACGGCUGCUCUUAUCGUAAAGGCUUGGACAGGACGGUGCUGGAGGUGAACACGCCUCAGGUGGAGCAGCUCCCUCUGCUGGACAUCAGGAUCUCAGACUUUGGGGAGGACAAUCAGAAAUUUGGUUUUGAAGUGGGACCUGUCUGUUUCCUGGGAUAAACACACCCGUGCUGAGGGCAAGGAGAAUACAGUCACCAAUACAAACGAGAACACACACAUUCACACACAUACUCCUUAAUCAUGCACUUAAAACCUAGACAUAAAUACCACCACAUAGAGAUGUGCCAACACUAAAAAAAGACAUUUGAAAUUACGUGUAAUCAGUGGGACACAUAGACUCACACACAUGCACACACACACACACACACAUUGUUGUGAAACAAAGUUGCACACAAAGUACACACCCAGGGAAAAACACUCCCAGCAACGGAGGAGAAGAAAGCCGUUCUCGCAGGAGAGAAAAGAAGAUAUUCUGUGUUGGAGCAGAUACUGCUGGCCUAAAGCGGAAGACCCUCCCGUUUCGGCCCCCUCUCUCUCCUACAGCUCCCCUCCCCACUGUUUCUCUUCCGAGACGUUCCACUCUUCCUACCUCCAUGCCUGAUCACCGCCCCCUCCUCACUUCCUUCCUUUCCUUAUAGAGUAGAAUGAUCUGCAGGUGCGACAUUUAAACUGAGGAACGGAAAAUUCCAUUAGAAUGAUUUCAAAUCACACCAGCAACUGUCAUCAGCGUAUGCAAUGAAAAGCCAUUUAUAGUGUAAAAGUGUAUUGAAUUUGAUAAUGUUGUACAUUUAUUAUAGAAUGAUCAAAUCUGUAAGAAUUAAAAAUUUUUUUAGACAUGCCGUGAACAUGCUGCCGAUUUACCAGUUCAGUAUUUUUAGUGAAAGUAUAAUAAGCUGGUUAUUAUUUCAUUACAGAGGUCUUUCAAAAAAAAAAAAAAACUUCUCUGAUAAUAUGCACGCUUUCAACACUUUUGCUAUUUUGGCCCACAGCAUUGAGUAUUGACAAACCCACGGGUUUGUGACCUUUGACCUUUCGUGCAGACAGUGUUCAGGCUGGAAUUGUGCAUAAGAACCAUUUGUACAGAAAUAUUUUAUUGUAUUUAUUUUGUGAAACAAACAGGUGCUCACAAGAAAAUGACCAACACUUGCAGUACAAAAUAAUGUGGUAUUCAACUGUAAUUAUUUCCUGUAGCUUUUCAUCAAUCUAUUAAAUAUGUAAAUCAAACCCCAGAAAGCAAAUCUGCCUUCUCUGUAUGAUAAAUAUAUACUUACUUGGUGAUAUUAGAUCAUGUUGCAUUAUUAGUGUAUUUCCAUUGCAGCUUGAGGUUGAGGAGAGUUUGGUGCAGGUGGAGACACAAACACAAAAAUGUCUCCGGAUUCAGACAGCAGUGGAGAAGGGACAGGAAGAGGAAGGAGAGGGAAGAAAAAUGAUGGUGGUUUCUUUUUUUUAUGUAUAUUUUUUGUUUCUUUUCUUUUUUUUUAACAUGGUGAGGGGAAUGAAAAGCUAUAAAAAAGUAUUUGUGAAUUAAAAGUUGUUUGUGUGGUUUUCUCACAAGGACAAUACCGCUAGGACAGUUUUUGUCAGUGAAAGACGAACAUCUGUCUUUAUAAAAUAUGGUGCUAAAACUUGUUUUAUGUAAGUACUUGGAAAUCUGUUUGUGUAAUAUAUCAUCUAUUUAAAGAGCUGUUGGACUCAUUUGUUGUUCUUUUCCCUGCUGUCAUGGUCACAUGAUGCUUUUGCUAAUAUUUGAUCUGCAUCUGCACUCUUCUGAGCCAAACUCCCAUUUACACCUUUAAACACCUGAACAGCGUGUGUCUUGGUGAAACCACCAUAUGUAAUCUGCCCACUUUCCUUCAAACCCUUCGUCUAAAUGAUGCAUUUUGUUUCUGCUCUAUUAGUCUGGGUUUUGAAAUGUCGACUGUUUUCAUUCCUUGACUUGUCCAAAAGUUCCCAUUAAACCACACAUCAACACAUUUUCUCCUGUGUCAACUUGAUUGUUUUUA